CGCCCAUGACGGGAUGGGAAAACUAUGCCUGGGGCCGGCGCUCGGCCCGGCUGCUGCCGCUGAGGAAAGCCGGGACGCGGAGCCCCGCCGAGAGCUUCUUUGCUCCGGACGCCCCUGGACGUGGCGGGCAGCCGCGAGGCUCCUCCCAGUCAUCAGUCUCUGGGUCAUAAGUUCUGCAUCCAUUUCAGCCACUCUGGAAGAUGAUGGUCUGUUGAUGAAUGCCUCAACCCCGAGACCCCUUCGAAGUGUAUUCUGGGUAACCACCAUGAUCCCCUGGGUGCUCCUGGCCUGUGCCCUCCCCUGUGCUGCUGACCCACUGCUUGGCGCCUUUGCUCGCAGGGACUUCCGGAAAGGCUCCCCUCAACUGAUCUGCAGCCUGCCUGGCCCCCAGGGCCCACCCGGCCCCCCAGGAGCCCCAGGGCCCUCAGGAAUGAUGGGACGAAUGGGCUUUCCUGGCAAAGACGGCCAAGAUGGACACGACGGCGACCGGGGGGACAGCGGAGAGGAAGGUCCACCUGGCCGGACAGGUAACCGGGGAAAGCCAGGACCAAAGGGCAAAGCCGGGGCCAUUGGGCGGGCUGGCCCCCGUGGCCCCAAGGGGGUCAACGGUACCCCCGGGAAGCAUGGCACGCCAGGCAAGAAGGGGCCCAAGGGCAAGAAAGGGGAGCCAGGCCUCCCAGGCCCCUGCAGCUGUGGCAGUGGCCAUACCAAGUCAGCUUUCUCGGUGGCAGUGACCAAGAGCUACCCACGGGAGCGGCUGCCCAUCAAGUUUGACAAGAUUCUGAUGAACGAGGGUGGCCACUACAAUGCUUCCAGCGGCAAGUUCGUCUGCGGCGUGCCUGGGAUCUACUACUUCACCUACGACAUCACGCUGGCCAACAAGCACCUGGCCAUCGGCCUGGUGCACAACGGCCAGUACCGCAUCCGGACCUUUGAUGCCAACACCGGCAACCACGAUGUGGCCUCAGGCUCCACCAUCCUGGCUCUCAAGCAGGGUGACGAAGUCUGGCUGCAGAUCUUCUACUCAGAGCAGAACGGGCUCUUCUACGACCCUUACUGGACAGACAGCCUCUUUACGGGCUUCCUAAUCUAUGCUGACCAGGAUGACCCCAACGAGGUAUAGACAUGCCAGGGCGGUCCUCCAGGCAGGGAACAAGCUUCUGGACUUGGGCUUACAGAGCAAGACCCUGCAACUGUAGGCUGGGGGUGGGGGGUCGAGUGAGCGGUUCUAGCCUCAGGCUCACCUCCUCUGCCUCUUUUUUCCCCAUCAUUAAAUCCAAACCUUUUUAUUCAUCCAACCAUCUAUUUAUUCACUUCUUUUUAAAGUAUCUACUGUGUAACAGGCACUAUGCUAUUCUCUGAAAGAUGCAGCAGUGGACAAGACAGAGUAUCUGUCCUCAUGCAGCUUACAUUCUAGCAGGAGAUACAAUUUACAAAUAUACAAGCAAAUAAUAUAAUCUUAUGCCAGGAUAGAAAUGAACAUGCCAUGGUUGACAGUAAUAGGAAUAACAGGAGACAGGGAAGAGGUGGAAAUUUGUUUCUUUUUUUAAGUGUGCGUUUUUAGGUUUACUUACAUACAGUGACUCUCCAGAUUUUAAGUUGACAACUCAGUGAAUAAUUUUUACUUAUGUGCACACCCUGAAACCUCCAUGUAGAUCAAAGAACAAGCUAUUUCCAACUUCUCACCUCCCUUCCCCCAAAGCUCUCUUAAGACCCCUCUAAGUCAGUACCUGGAAAAUUUCCAUUUUUGAGCUGAAUUCCAAAGAAGGAAAUAGAGCAACGCAAAGGCCUCGAAAAGAGGUCUCCAGCAAAAGGCUCUGCAAGUGCAAAGACCUUGACAGGAAAGAGGGAGGGGCCAAGGUAAGAACUGAGAAGGGAGGCAUGAGGCGUGAGGCUGGAAGAUAAUACAGAACAUCCCAGACCAUGGCAGAGCUCGUUCCAUUCACGAAGCCUUAUCAGAAUACAAAGUGACACUGAUAGGCGGAUCAUCUUGAAUCUGCUCAUUGCAUGAGUCAAGUCGGCCACAGACUUGAGCACUUUAUUAUUAGUUAAUCUUUUGCAGGCCCGCUUCUCAAUGAAUGAGAUACACCAGGAUAUGCACGUGCACCUGAGAACCGCUGCUCUGAGAUGGCAGGAAUGGAUCCCACGCAAAUGAAUCGCACCCCAAGCACAGGUGUUGCCAGUAUGCAGGGAUCUGGGGGCUUAAGAAGCUGCAGUAAAAGUGCCAGGUGCUGGCGGGAUGUGGUAGCUCAUGCCUAUAAUCCCAGGACUUUGGGAAGCUGAGGUGGACAGAUCAUUUGAGGUCAGGAGUUCAAGACCAGCCUGGCCAACAUGGCAAAACAUCAUCUAAAAAAACACAAAAAUUAGACAGGCGUGGUGUUGGGCGCCUGUAAUCCCAGCUACUGGGGAGGCUGAGGCGGGAGAAUCGCUUGAACCCGGGAGGUGGAGGUUGCAGUUAGCUGAGAUCCUGCCACUGCACUCCAGCCUGGGCAACAGAGUGAGACUAUCUCAAAAAAAAAAAAAACAAAAACGCAGGUACUGAGAGCCCCAUGAAACGAUUUGCUGGAGAUAAUUUUCAGUUGGAGCUGCAGCUCCCUAGCAGCUUUCUCUGGCUGCCCGCCU